GGGGGAGUUCCUUCCUCCCCUACAACAGUUUCCUUUUAGGAGGGUGUGGCAGAUGGGUGCCCCCACCAGCUCUCCGCCUCUCACAUGUUGAACUUGGUAAUGGCAAAAUUUGAAAAGAAAACCUACUCAGGUUGUUGCCUGGCUGUUCAUUUGCCGUAUGAUGUGGUGACGUGGCGGGGGAACAUAGUAGAAAAUUUCAAAAAGGAAAAAAACUCACAUUUUUUGUUUUUUUUGAUCACUGAAGGAAAGGCACUAGCACGGAGGCCAGCCUGAUAUCCACGUAGAUCCAAACAUCUCUCUCUCCCUCCUUGUUUCCAUUUCCCAACCUUGAGCAAUUUCAAACUGACCAAUUCAGCAGUGACAGUCAACCUUCUGUCUCGUGGUUUCUGUCAAGUUCCUGAUUUUCAUCUGUUCUUGAAGACGAGCAAGAACUGCGUAAGGACAGUCUUAAUUUGGAGCGUCCACUGAGACAUACUUUGAAAUAAGUGCUGUGACUCGCAGACGAAGGUCUACAAACAGCCCAGGCAGAAAGCAAAGUAGAUUUCCCUCAGCAUCAGAUGUUACACUCAGCUGCUGAUUCAACGUUGCUUGCCUUCAGAGACCAUAGGACACUGGAAAAAUUGGAUCAUUGGUGAAGAAACACUUUGGCCAUUUCAAGAUGACAAGCACUCACCGGGCUAAAUUACUUCAUUGAAAGGAAACCUCAUUUUAGACCAAAAAAAAUUUUAAGGUCUCGCCCUCAGAAGUGAGAAGAUGAUGAAUGCCACCACCACCCAGGCCCCCGAGGAGUCCUGCCCCCAGAACACCCUCAUCACCCAGAAAAUCAUCCCCGCGCUGUACUUCGUGGUCUUCGUGGCUGGCAUCCUACUCAAUGGCGUGUCGGGGUGGAUAUUUUUCUACGUGCCCAGCUCCAAGAGUUUCAUUGUCUAUCUCAAAAAUAUUGUUGUUGCUGACUUCCUGAUGAGCCUGACUUUUCCCUUCAAGAUCCUGGGCGACUCGGGCCUCGGGCCCUGGCAGCUGAACGUGUUCGUGUGCAGGGUCUCCGCCGUGCUCUUCUACAUCAACAUGUACGUCAGCAUCGUGUUCUUCGGGUUCAUCGGCUUCGACAGGUAUUAUAAGAUCGUAAAGCCACUUCUGACGUCAUUCGUCCAGUCCGUGACCUCUAGCAAACUCCUAUCGGUGCUGGUGUGGAGCCUCACACUGCUGUUGGCCGUUCCCAACAUGAUCCUGACCAACCAGAGCGUCAGGGAGGGCACACGCAUUAAGUGUGUGGAACUGAAAAAUGAACUGGGCCGCAACUGGCACAAGGCCUCCAACUAUAUCUUUGUAGGCAUCUUCUGGAUUGUGUUUCUUUCCUUAAUCAUCUUCUACACUGCUAUCACGAGGAAGAUCUUUAAGUCCCACCUUAAGGCCAGAAAGAAUUCCAGUUCGGUUAAGAAGAAAUCAAGUCGCAAUAUAUUCAGCAUCAUGUUCGUGUUUUUUGUCUGCUUUGUACCUUACCACAUUGCCAGAAUCCCCUACACACGGAGCCAAACCGAAGCCCAUUACAGCUGCCAGUCCAAAGAAAUCCUGCUCUAUGUGAAAGAAUUCGCUCUGUUACUAUCGGCUGCAAAUGUAUGCCUGGACCCUAUUAUUUAUUUCUUUCUAUGCCAGCCAUUUAGAGAAAUCUUAUGUAAGAAAUUGCACAUCCCAGUAAAAGCUCGGCAUGACUUAGAAACUUCCAAAACUAAAAGGGGAAAUAUAAUGCAAGAAAGCACGGAUACUUUGUGAAUUCCCAUCCUCAUUCAAAUAAAGUCCGUGCAAGCAUACUGUCAUUUUCAAUUAAAAAAAAAAAAAAAAAAAAGAAAGAAAGAAAGAAAGAAUAAGAAGCAUGUCUGUGAUAAUAAGUAUCAUCUCUAGGCAUUACUAACAAAUUUAGUACAAUAAUAAAAUUAAAAUGUAAGUGUCCAUGCUUUUUCUGUAACAUCAAAGAAAAAAUAAUACUUUAAUCUUCUCCCAUUAAAAUAGAAGGGUUAAAUUUACAACCAAUAGUCUGGUCAGUUAAUACAGAACUUUAAAUAGCAUGUAAAGAAAAUAGGAAGCAAUCAAGAUAAUUCACAAGGGUGUCUUCCUUCUUCUGAAUACAAGAACUAAGUUAGCAAAUUUAUGCAAUUUUUUCAACAGGGUUACUAAAGUCCAACUUAAAAGCAAGCACAGUUUGGUAAAGGAUCCGAGGCCUGUUUAUUGUGAAAAAGUCAAGUUAUCUCUGAUUUGAAGAAGCAAGGUAAGCAGACACCCAAAAAUUACUUAAGAAAUCCCCAACUGAUUUGUUUUAUGUCAUUUCAAAGGAAAGCAGAUAUAAAUUCUGUACAUUGAAGCAAAAAAACCAUAAUUUUUCACUGAUAGUAUUUUGAGAAUGAUAUAAGGUAUAUUUAUAAUUUAUAUGAAGAUUAGCUAAGCCACUUAAUGAGCCUGGGGUGCUGGUGUUAGAAUGUUAAGUGAACUCUAAGGAGGGACCCUAGGUAUUGGCAUAGAUUCCAGGAAACUUCUUCUAUUCAAUGGCAUGGAAAAAAAAAAAAAUACAUAGUUGAGUGGAAAAAAACAUAACGCACACAAAUACCCCCAGGCUGGCAAUCUAUAUUAUCCUCUAGAAGCGGAGAAAAGAGGCUUUUUUUUAAGAAAGCAACUGGACUUAGUAAAAAGAAUAUCUAAAAUUUAUAAUAAUGAAUGAGAAAUUAUACAUCACAUUUUCUAAAAAAACAAAUUUCAUAUGUGCAGAUAUGGGACAUGGUUGCUAGCUUGUGAGUUAUCAAAGCUAAAUUCUUUUUCUGCUAUUAACUGGCUAGAAGACAUUUAGCCCAUCUUUAAGUGUUCUUAAACAUUUUUGUAAGCCAUGUUUAUAUAUAUAUAUAUUUGAGCCUUACCAUAUACGUACUAAUAAAAAAUUUUUUUAAGAGUGUCAAUUUUUUUAGUAGUCAAGAUAUCAAAAAACACCACCAAAUUUCCUCAUAGUUAAGACAUGAGUGGUUUCUUUAAUACAUUCAAUUACACAGACUAAUAGAAGACUUAGAAAGAAGGCAUAAAAUUUUUUUUUUAAUUGUACUUGGCCACUGACUUUUAAAAACAGAUUAUUUCACAUGUUCUAGGCCCUCAUCAGAUUUUAGGCAAAACUCAGAAAACACAUCUUAAACUGAAUAAGAGCUGGGAAGUUCACCUUCCACCCUCAUAAAAGCUCCCUGCCCCCAACUCUGGGACAGAUAUCCUCUCCAAAAAAAAAAAUUUCACCAAGCUAUGAUAAACAUGCUUGGCAAAACUAAGCUACAGCAUUUGUUUGACUAAAUAUAUUUGCAAAAGAAAGUGACUGUGUUUAUUCAGUUUUCAUUGGCCAGGACAAAUUAGUAAAAACUGAUGUUUUAUAUGCCCCCUAAUGGGCCACGGGAGAAACUGAAAGUACAGAAGAAAUUGAGAAGCACCAAGAAAUGCCUUUGUAAACACUGUGUCAAAGCAAAUCAGAAAUAUGAAAAGCAAAAUUUUUCAGGAAAUAACAUGCAAUGCAAAUACGGAUAUUAUGAAGCAAGAUCUGAGCAAUAGUUACUACAUAUCAGAACUUUUAAGGUAAGAGACCCAUACUUGGAAAACUACAAGAUACUGUAAGAUGACAUAAACAAAUGGAAAGAUAUAUGGUGCUCACUAACUGGAAGAACUAAUAUUCUUAAAGAGAUCAUACUACCCAAGGCAAUCAACAAGUUCAAUGGAAUCCAUAUAAAAUACCAAUGGCAUUUUUCACAGAACUAGAACAAUUAAUUCAAAAAUGUGUAUGGAAACACAAAGGCUCUGGGGAGUUCUCCAAUGGCCUAGUGGGUUGAGGCUCCUGCGUUCUCACCACGGUGGCUCUGGUUGCUGCUGUGCGGCAUGGGUUGAAUCCCUGACCGGGGAAUUCCCACACACUGCCUGUGUGGCAAAAAAGAAAAAUACAAAAAAAAAAAAAAGAAAACAAGAGAGAACCUGAAAUGAACACUGCAACUCUCAUUAAAAAAAAAAAAAAAAAAAAAAAAAAAAAAAGACUCUGAAGAGCCAAAACAAUCUUGAGGAAGAAAAGAACAAAGCCAGAGGUAUCAUGCUCCCUGACCUCAGACUAUCAUGCUCCCUGACCUCAGACUAUGCUACAAAGCUACAGUAUGGUACUGGCACAAAAAAAGACACAUAGAUCAAGAGAACAGAACAGAGAGCCCAGAAAGGAACUUAUGCUUGCAGAUUCAAUUAAGCUACAACAAAGGAGGCAAGAAUAUACAAUGGGGAAAAGACAGCCUCUUCAAUGAAUAGUAUUGAGAAAACUGGACAGCUAUAUGAAAAGGAAUGAAAUUGGACUACUUUCUCAUACAAAAAUAAACUCAAAUGGAUUAAAUACUUAAAUGUAAAGCCUGAAACCAUAAAAUUCCUAGAAGAAAACACAGACAGUAUGCUCUUUGACAGUGGUCUUAAAUUUUUUUUCUUUUUCUUUUUUUUUGACAUGUCUCCUCAAGGGAGGGGAAACAAAAGAAAAAAAAAAAAAAAUGGGCUAUAUCAAACUAAAAAGCUUUUGUACGACUAAAGAAAGUAACCACAAAGCUAAAAGGCCACCUACUGAAUGGGAAAAUAUAUCUACAAACAAUACAUAUGAUAAGGGGGUCAAUAUCCAAAAUAUACAAAGAAGUCAUAUAAUUCAACUUAAAAAAAAAA